AUGGCUCAUAACGAAUUACCGAAAGAGCAGCAACAACAAGGAAAUGAUGGUGAAAACCCGCCUAUUGGAAUGUCACACCCUGGAAAACCCGUUCUAACAAAUAAUCCCGCUUAUGAUGCUUUUGCUAAAUUUUUGGGAGAGUUUUUUGGCACCGCAAUCCUCCUGUUUCUUGGCUGCAUGGGCUGUUUGGACGCAUUUGACAACGUAACAUCUACCUUCUCUCGAGGGCUCAUCUUUGGAUUCGUCGUGAUGGUCGCAAUCGUUACGUUUGGUGUCGUUUCCGGAGCUCACAUUAACCCGUCAGUAUCAAUUGCCGCGUACAUUUACGGAGAUCUAUCAUUCGUGAUGCUUUUGCUGUACUUUGUGGCCCAGUUCACCGGUGCAUUGUGUGGUUAUGGACUACUUAUGGGUGUAGCUCCUCAAGUAUACUUUGACGAAGCGCUUGUCGGUGGUCACGGAAGCUGCGUCACGGCCCCUCACGCGAGCCUUACGGUCGGAAGUGCGUUGGCGAUCGAGUUUAUUGUGACGGGGAUACUCGUAUGGACCUGCUGUGGUGUCUGGGAUCCCCGUAACGCUCAGCACCAGGAUUCGGUUCCGAUCAAGUUCGGGCUGCUCGUGGGCACGAUAGCUGUUGCUGCCGGACCAGCCACAGGAGGCAGUAUGAACCCUGCGAGAACACUAGCGCCGUGCGUCUGGAAUAAUAGUUAUCAUGAAAUAUGGAUUUACUUCGUUGGUCCAUCAUUGGCGGCUGUUAUCAUGCCAAUUGUCUACAAAUUUGUAUUCCGUAAAGAAGUGUAG